AGAAACCCGUGCACAAACAAGGCGGCGGAAGCACCAGCACCGCACCACCGCUUGUGAGCGACUCGGCCCUGCUGCCGUGGUCAGCGAUGUGAGCCGGCUACGCGAGCACCGCUUCCAGCCCGGCGACGCUCACCUGCACGGACCCCUCCGCCCAGCCCGGCCCGGCCCCGCCGCCACACGGGGAGGCCGCGCCCGCCCUUCCUGCGCCCCGGCUCCGGGCCUGCAGCGCGUGAGCAGCGGCCGGCAGGGCCUGGCCCAGCGCCGCGGCCGGAGCGAGAGGGGGCAGCGGGGCGGCGCGGCCGUACCCCGCCGCGUUCCUGCUGUUCCGCAGGAGGCGGCCGCGAUGGCGCUGGUGCCCUACGAGGAGGGCAGGGCACUGCAGGGCCUGCGCAGGCCGACGGCCACGUACCGCUUCGCGGGGCGCACCGUCCGCAUCCGGCAGGACUGGGAGCGGCGCGGCGUGGCGGCCGUGGUGUGGGACGCGGCUGUCGUCCUGUCCGCUUAUCUGGAGAUGGGAGGCAUCGAUCUCAGGGAUCGGUCGGUGAUUGAGCUGGGAGCUGGAACUGGAUUGCUGGGAAUAGUGGCCACGCUGUUGGGUGCUCAUGUAACCAUCACGGACAGGGAGCCAGCGCUGGAGUUCCUGGAGUCAAAUGUAUGGGCUAACUUACCUUCCGAACUACAUCCAAGAGCUGUGGUGAAGGAACUAACUUGGGGAAAAGACCUAGGUAACUUCUCUCCAGGAGCAUUUGACUUCAUCCUGGGGGCAGACAUCAUUUAUCUCGAAGAAACUUUUGCGGAACUGCUUCAGACAUUGGAGCACCUGUGCUCAGAGCAAACUGUGAUUCUUCUUUCCUGCCGUAUCCGCUAUGAACGGGAUAACAACUUCUUGAAGAUGCUGAAAGGCCGUUUCUCUGUAAAUGAGGUUCACUAUGAUUACAGUAAGGAUGUUCAUAUCUACAAAGCACAGAGGCACAGUCACAAAGAUGACUUUUGACUGUAUACUUUGUUAAUAAACUGCUGAUCCUUUUCAAAUCUCCCUUUGUUUCUACUAAAUACACUUGUUCCUAAGCGUA